UGAAUUAUUGUUUCAUCUCUUCAGCUUGAAACUUCACAAUAGUUAGCUGCUGAAUUCUAAAGGAAGACGAAGACGACUAUAAUAAAUAUAGGUUUAGAUGUUUGCUCUGGUGGCUAUCUAGGGUUUCAGUGUCGGCCGACGACUGUGAUACGCGUAGGCGAUUGAUCAGACCCAUGGCUCAAGAACAAGCCCAGGCGCGAUCCAGGGCCAUGAACAAGAUCGCUCUAGCAUCACUAUCAGCAAUGGUGGCAGAGACCACCACUUUCCCCAUCGACAUCACCAAAACCAGGCUUCAAUUGCAUGCAGCCGCUCACCCAGUCUCCGCAUUUCAGGUCGCCACUGACAUCCUUCGCAAACAAGGCGUAACAGGACUCUACAAGGGCCUGUCACCUGCCCUUCUUAGACACCUUUUCUACACACCCAUUCGAACCGUUGGUUACGAGCAAUUGCGUCAUGCUUUCAUUUCUCAUGAUAAUCAUUCUCUUUCUCUACCGAGCAAGGCCCUCAUUGGAGGGAUUUCUGGCGUUAUUGCUCAGCAUGAUGUAUGCUAUGGAUGGUUGUUCUUGAGGUUUUCCCAAUGCUUUCAAGCUACCAAAUUUUAUGAGUGAUCAUGAUUUUCUAGACGGUUAUGGAACACUAGGGUGAAGUGUCAUUUGUGGGAGCUUGACUGUGGCUUACAAAGUGAUGAUCAAGACACGUGGGUGACGAGGCGCUCCUAAGCCCCCAUUUAAUCCGAGUAUUAGUUGCUAAGGGAUAAGGGAAAGACAAAAGCAAGCGUUAGCCGUAUUCGUGAGAUACAUGGUAAAUUGUAUCCAUUUAUAUUAUUAUUUUAUUGUUUUUCUGACUUGCAAUAAUCACUUUGAAAAAUAGAGGUGUUGGUUUGCAAAAAUCUCACAGUCACAGGUGAUUGUUGUUGAUAGAAUAGGUGAUCCCAAACUUAACAAUAUGUAAUGCACUCAAAUAAUUUGAAUAUAAUGUCUCAUGACAAUAUCUAAUA